AUGGCAAGCGGAUCCAGCAGGCACUUCAGGAAACCUCGCGUGCUCGGAAGGAUCUGCAAAGCUGCGUGCAGCUUCUCAAGGAGACAGUUGCUGAGAAACCAGACAAGGAGAAAAAGAAGCCACGCGUAUCCUCCAAGGAGCGUAAAGGCUCAUGGUCUUCUGGUCGGUUGGACGCCAUCAAGAAGAAAUUGGAGGAGUUCAUCCGCACUGGCGAAGUGA